UAUAAUGAUGUGCAUGUUGACUUCACUUGGGAAGAAUGGACUUUGCUGAAUUCUUCCCAGAAGAAUCUGUACAAAGAUGUGAUGUUGGAGAUCUACAGGAAUCUCAGUAUUAUAGGAUACAAGUGGGAAGACCAUAAUAUUGAAGAACAUUGUCAAAGUUCUAGACAACGUGAAAGAACUCAUACUGGAAAGAAAUCCUAUGAAUGUAGUCAAUGUGGUAAAGCCUUUGAAUGUCACAGUCAUCUUCAAAUACAUAAAAGAACUCAUACUGGAGAGAAACCAUAUGAAUGUAAUCAGUGUGGUAAAGCCUUUGCACAACACCAUCAUCUUCAAAUGCAUAGAAGAACACACACUGGAGAGAAACCGUAUGAAUGUAAUCAGUGUGGUAAGGCCUUUGCACAACAGGGUACUCUUCAAAGGCAUAAAAGAACACAUACUGGAGAGAAACCCUAUGAAUGUAAUGAGUGUGGUAAGGCCUUUGCACAACACAAUACUCUUCAAAGGCAUAAAAGAACACAUACUGGAGAGAAACCCUUUCAAUGUAGUCAGUGUAGUAGAGCCUUUAUAUGUCACAGUAAUCUUCAGAAGCAUCAAAGAACACAUACUGGAGAGAAACCUUAUGAAUGUAAUCAGUGUGGUAAAGCCUUUGCCGGACCUAGUAAUCUAAAAAUUCAUAGAAGAACACAUACUGGAGAGAAACCGUAUGAAUGUAAUGAGUGUGGUAAGGCCUUUGCACAACACAGUACUCUUCAAAUGCAUAAAAGAACACAUACUGGAGUGAAACCAUAUAAAUGUAAUCAAUGUGGAAAAGCCUUUGCACGUCAUGGUUGUCUUCAAAUGCAUAGAAGAACACAUACUGGAGAGAAGCCAUAUGAAUGUAAUCAAUGUGGAAAAGCCUUUACACUUAAUAUUUAUCUUCAAAUGCAUCGAAGAAAACAUACUGGAGAGAAACCAUAUGAAUGUAAUUAG